UCCGUCCACCAAACAGAAGCUAAAUGCUACAAGCUACAUGCAGAAACCCAUAAAUAAACAAAACCGCGGCGCCUUUGGACGUAUUAAGCCUUUCACCUGAAGCCAUGACCGCCAUAAAAGACGGAGAAUACACGGCUACAAUCUACAAACUGAUCCAGGACAGUCAGUAUGUGGAGGCAAUUCAUGUCCUCAACGGACAACUUCAAAAACACACCAAGUCCAGGGCGGCGCUCUCCCUGCUGGGCUUCUGUUACUACCACAUCCAGGACUUCGGCGGCGCUGCCGAGUGCUACGAGCAGCUGACGCAGCUCCACCCCGAGGUGGAGGAGUACAAGGUGUACUACGCCCAGUCGCUCUACAAGGCCGGGGCCUAUCCGGACGCCACCAAGGCCUCCUUCGCCCUGGAUAACCCCAAGAGCCACACCAAGAUGCUGAAGCUGCAGGCCUGCAUCAAGUACUGCGAGGAGGAUUACUCCGCCUCCAAGUCCCUGCUGGAGCAGCUGCCGCCGGACGACCCCGACUACAUCUACAACAGCGGCUGCCUGCUGUACCAGGACGGGAAGUACGAGGAGGCCUGCAAGAAGUUCACGUCGGCCAUGCAGGUGCUGGGCUACGUGCCAGCGCUGUCCUACAACAUCGCCCUGACCCACUACAGCCUGAAGAACUACGACCCGGCCCUGAAAUACAUCGCAGAGAUCAUUGAGCGAGGAAUCAGAGAACAUCCAGAGCUGAGCGUGGGGAUGACGACCGAGGGCAUCGACGUGCCCAGCGUGGGAAACACGCUGGUGCUGCACCAGACCGCCCUGAUCGAAGCCUUCAACCUCAAGGCGGCCAUCGAGUACCAGCUGAAGAACCAGAAAGGAGCUCAGGAGGCCCUGACCGACAUGCCGCCCAGGUCCGAGGAGGAGCUGGACCCGGUGACCCUCCAUAACCAGGCUCUGGUCAACAUGGACACCAAGCCGUCAGAGGGCUUCGAGAAGCUGGCCUUCCUGCUGCAGCAGCCCUCCUUCCCUCCCGUCACCUUCGGCAACCUGCUGCUGCUCUACUGCAAACACGAGUACUUCGACCUGGCCGCCGACGUCCUGGCGGAAAACGCUCACCUCACCUACAAGUUCCUGUCUCCUUACAUGUACGAGUUCCUGGACGCCCUGCUGACCUGCCAGACGGCGCCAGAGGAGGCUUUCAGGAAGUUGGACGAGAUGAACGGGAAACUGACGGAGCAGCUGCGAAAGCUGACGAAGCAGAUUCAGGAGGCUCAGCUGGCUCGAGACGACGAGACGCAGAAGAAAGCUCUGCAGGACUACGACCUGCUGCUGGAGAAGUACAUCGUGGUCCUCAUGGCUCAGGCCAAGAUCUACUGGAACCGGGAGAACUACCAGAUGGUGGAGAAGAUCUUCCGGAAGUCGGUGGAGGUCUGCAACGACGACGACACCUGGAAGCUCAACGUGGCGCACGUGCUCUUCAUGCAGAACAAGUACAAGGAGGCCAUCGGCUUCUACGAGCCCAUCGUCAAGAAGCACUACGACAACAUCCUGAACGUGAGCGCCGUGGUCCUCGCCAACCUGUGUGUGUCCUACAUCAUGACCAGUCAGAACAAAGAGGCCGAGGAGCUGAUGAGGAAGAUCGAGAAGGAGGAGGAGCAGAUCUCGUACGACGACCCGGACAAGAAGGUGUUCCACCUGUGCAUCGUCAACCUGGUGAUCGGGACUCUGUACUGUGCCAAAGGAAACCACGACUUCGGCAUCUCCCGCGUCAUCAAGAGCCUGGAGCCGUACAACAAGAAGCUGGGGACCGACACCUGGUUCUACGCUAAGCGCUGCUUCCUCUCCCUGCUGGAGAACAUGUCCAAACACAUGAUCAUGCUGAGAGACGCCGUGGUCCAGGACUGCAUCCAGUUCCUGGAACACUGUGAGGUUUACGGGAAGGAGGUGCCGGCGCUCAUCGAGCAGCCCCUGGAGGAGGUCCGCAUCCACAGCGGGAAGAACACCGUCACCUACGAGUCCCGCCUCCUCAAGGCUCUCUUCUACGAGGUGAUUGGCUGGAACAAGUGACACCGCCGCCACAGACAACCGGCCCAGCGGUGCGUUUCUUCUUCUCUUGUCUGUAUCGUUUCAUUUUGGAAAAACAAGAGCAGUAACUGACGUGGAAACUGGGAAAUUCCUACUUGGAAUGUUGGAACUGCAGAACUCAACAUCACUGUAAAUAUUACAAGCAUUUUUUGAGGCGGAUAUUUCCCAGUGGAGCUCCUCCUCCUCCUCCUCCUCCCUGCUGGUUUUCUGGCAGGAAGAGGCGACCCCCGCUGAGCUCUAUCAGAUCUCAGAACAUCUCUGGUCGUAUCACACAGAGACCCCUUGCAGCCACAGGAACACUUUAUUUAUUCUGCUGAUGUACAUUCACACAAUAACAGCAGCUGUGGAGCCUCGGCUCCCCGCCUCACACCCUCCCGAUGGGAACAUUGUGGGAGAAACAACAUUUAUAGACAAUAAAAAGUGACUUAUCUUAUAAACAAACUUAUCGCCUCGUGUCGAAAAGCUAAUCAAGUGAUUCUAGUGUGUUUUUUACUAACAGUAAAGAAAUGAAGUGAAAGUGGGAUUGAAACAGACCAGCUCCAAACCAAAACCUGCUUUUCUCAUGACUGCAAAUCUUUUUCCCUCUCAGUGUGUUCAUUUAAAUAGAGAUGAACAAGAUGAAGUGUAACAAUAAAAAGUUGUCGUACAUCAUAUUAUCACAUAUAUACAACUAUGUGCUGAUAAAUGAACAUAUUUAAUAACUUCACAGUUUGUCAUGGUGAUGAUUUUCUGUAACUUUUAGAGAGAAAAACGUUUUCCUAAUUUAUUUUUCUACAGUAAAAUGUGCUUUUGGCAGAUAAAUAAAUCAUUAAAAAGAUGUUUAUACAUUUACACAUCUGA